AUGGCUGGAUUUUCGCCCAAAAGCCAAAACUCGGGCUCGGGUGAAAACAUCGGGAACGACGUAGAAAGGCCUGAUCUUGCCAAUCAGGCGAACCCGUGUUCCGUUUUGUUCCAAGAAUGGAGUUUCGAGGAUUUUACAGAUACCCUUUUGUCCAAAGAAACUGAAAAUGAAUUUGAAGAGCUUGAGUUACUUAACAAGCCAUCUCCAAAGCGAUUAGAUGAUGGGUCUACUGAAGAAAUAGUGGAAAUUGAACCGGAGAAACCUGAUAAAGAUGAAGUCUUGGAGACUUUUUACAAGUUCUUUAGGCUAUCGGACGAAGAAAAUGAUUCAGAAGGAAGUAAAAUUGAGAGCUCUAGUCAAGAGGAGAAUAAGAAAGUUAGUGUAGAGUAUUAUGAGUCGAAUCCUGGUGAUUCAGUGGUGGGAGUAGUUGUUUCCGGGAAUUAA